AUGGGCACGGACGCUUCCCCGGCCUCCUUUUUCCUUCUCUCCGUCUCCCGCCCGCUCGGAAAGUCGCGCCGGCGGUGGCGCGGCGCCUUCACCGCUGUCUACUCCUGCAGGGUUCUCCUCCGGAGGGGGCUCUCCGCCCUGCCCGCCGCCACCAAGCCGCUCAGGCGUUGGCACACUGGCUUUGCUGCUGUCUAUUCUCUCAGGGCUCUCGCCUCGCUCGCGGGGAAGGGAGUGGCCGGGACCCUCCGCCGGAGCACAAAACACGUUGCCCUCGACGUCGACGUCGGCGGGGGCGGGGGCAGCUCCGACGAGGCGGUUCUGGAGCGGAAGCUCUUGCUCGUCGAUGUGAAGCAACUGACGGAGGUCGUCAAGGGGAAGAGCCACGACGGCCUCCGGGAGCUCGGGGGUGUCGAAGGGGUCACCUCGUCGCUGGCGGCGGACUGGGAGGGCGGUGUUGACGGCGACGACGCCGGUCUUCGGCUCCGGCGCCGGCUGUUCGGGUCGAAUGUCUACGAGAGGCCGCCGGCGAGGAGCUUCCUGUCCUUCGCCUGGGAAGCCCUGAGGGACACCAUGCUCCUCAUCCUCCUGGCCUGCGCCGCUCUCUCAUUAGGGUUCGGCAUCAAGGAGCACGGCGUGAGGGAAGGCUGGUACGACGGCGCGAGCAUCUUCCUGGCCGUCUUCCUGGUCGUCCUCGUCUCCGCCUGCAGCAACUUCCGGCAGGCGCGGCGCUUCUUCAGGCUUUCCGAGGAGUGUGGCAGCAACAUCCGGGUCAGCGUCGUCCGGGACGGCCGGCGGCGGGAGGUCUCCAUCUCCGACGUCGUGGUGGGCGACAUCGUCUGCCUCAGCAUUGGGGACCAGGUCCCCGCCGACGGGCUCUUCCUCGACGGUAACUCCCUGCAGGUGGACGAGUCCAGCAUGACAGGGGAGAGCGACCAUGUCGCCGUGGACGGCCGCCGGAGGCCCUUCCUCACCUCCGGCACGAAGGUCGCCGACGGGUACGGCCGAAUGCUCGCGACCGCCGUCGGCAUGGACACCACCUGGGGGGAGAUGAUGAGCUCCAUCAGCCGCGAUGCCGGCGAGCCCACGCCGCUGCAGGAGCGACUCCAGAGGCUCACCGCCGCCAUAGGCAAGAUCGGCACGGCGGUGGCGGCCAUCGUCCUCGCCGUCCUCCUCGCCCGCUACUUCACCGGCAGCACCAACGCCAGCGAGGGCCGCCGGCCAAGGUUCGAUCGCCGGAGCGCCACCUUCGACACCGUGACCAACGCCCUGGUGGGCAUCGUCUCCGAUGCCGUCACCAUCGUGGUGGUCGCCAUCCCCGAGGGGCUGCCACUGGCGGUGACCCUCACCCUCGCCUACUCCAUGAAGAGGAUGAUGGCAGACAAGGCCAUGGUCAGGAAGCUCCCCGCCUGCGAGACCAUGGGCGCCGUCACUGCUGUCUGCACAGACAAAACGGGCACCCUGACGUUGAACCAGAUGCAGGUCACCAAGGUCUGGAUAGGCCAACAGGAGAUGGGAGGCGAUCUCACCGGUGUCGGCCAUGGCCUGCUCGAACUCCUGCGCCAGGGGGUCGCCCUGAACACCACUGGCAGUGUCUUCCGGGCGGCGGACUCCUCCGCCGAGCCGGAGUUCUCCGGCAGCCCGACGGAGAAGGCCAUCCUCGCUUGGGCUACGAGGGAGCUGCGCAUGGACGACGUGGCGCUGCGGCGACAUUGGGAGAUCCUCGCCGUGGAAGCCUUCAACUCAGACAAGAAACGCAGCGGCGCCCUGGUGAGGAGCAGGGAGGAUGGGAAGACGACCUUCGUGCACUGGAAGGGCGCCGCCGAGAUGAUCCUCGCCGCUUGCUCCUACUGCUACGACUCCGACGGCACCCAGAGCGAGCUGGACGCAGGCAGAAGAGCCCAAAUGGAGAAGACAAUCGAAGGAAUGGCGGCAGCAAGCCUCAGAUGCAUCGCUCUCGCCGUCAAACCCCUGAAACUCGACGGCAGCAGAGAAGACGACGACGGCGGCGGCAGCAGCAGCGGGAAGCUCGAGGAAGACGAGCUGACUUUGCUGGGCCUGCUAGGCCUGAAGGACCCAUGCCGCCCUGGGGCAAGGGAGGCCGUAGCCGCCUGCAGGGAGGCCGGAGUCGCCGUGAAGAUGAUCACCGGAGACAACGUCUUUACAGCCAAAGCCAUCGCCUUUGAAUGCGGGAUCCUGCAGGCGGAAGACGAAGAUGCAGAGGGGGCGGUGAUAGAAGGGGAAACCUUCCGGGGAUACUCGCCGGAGAAGAGGAUGGCGGCGAUCGACGGCGUCCGCGUCAUGGCGAGGUCCUCCCCUUUCGACAAACUCCUGAUGGUGCAGUGCCUGAAAAGGAAAAACCACGUCGUCGCCGUCACCGGGGACGGGACGAACGACGCCCCCGCCCUGAAGGAAGCCGACGUGGGCCUCGCCAUGGGAGUCCAGGGCACCGAGGUCGCCAAGCAGAGCGCCGACAUCGUCGUCCUCGACGACAACUUCGCCUCCGUCGCAACGGUCCUCAUGUGGGGCCGGUGCGUCUACAGCAACAUCCAGAAGUUCAUCCAGUUCCAGCUGACGGUGAACGUCGCCGCCCUGGUCAUCAACUUCGUCGCCGCGGUCUCCUCCGGCGAGGUCCCCCUGACGACCGUCCAGCUCCUCUGGGUGAACCUCAUCAUGGACACCCUCGGAGCCCUCGCCCUGGCCACGGAGCGCCCCACCAGGGAGCUCGCUGGAAAGCCCCCCGUCGGCCGGACCGCCCCUCUGAUCACCAACAUCAUGUGGCGAAACCUCCUAGCCCAGGCCCUCUUUCAGAUCGCCGUCCUUCUCCUCCUCCAGUUCAGGGGGAAAUCCAUCUUCGGGGUCAGCGACAAGGUGAAGAACACCCUCAUCUUCAACACCUUCGUCCUCUGCCAGAUCUUCAACGAGUUCAACGCCAGGAGGCUGGAGAAGAAGAACGUCUUCGAGGGCAUCCUCAAGAGCAGGCUCUUCCUGGGCAUCGUAGCAUUCACGCUGAUCCUGCAGGUGGUGAUGGUGGAGUUCAUGAAGAGAUUUGCGGGCACCCAGAGGCUAAACUGGGGCGAGUGGGCCUUCUGCCUUGGGAUAGGACUUCUCUCGUGGCCCAUCGCCUGGGUGGUCAAGUGCAUACCAGUCAGCGAGAGGCCCAUUUCAGAGCUUCUCUUCCAACACAACCAAAUUACCAGGAUUAUACGUCCAGCAUGUAGACCUCGUAAUUAA